UGAAUAUAAAGUAAAUAUCAUAUCUAAUGAUCUAUUAAUACAUGCACAAGAUACCAUUACACUAACAUGGAUCCCAACUAGCUUCUCUGAAAGUACAGGAACUGUUAAUACAGCAAAUCUUUGCAUUAAUAUCAAACUACACAUCUUUACUAACAAUUCUGUUCAUCAAGUUAAUGAAUUAGCCAGCAAUAUAAGCAAUAAUGGCUCUUGCACUGUUAGUAUACCAACUGUAUCACAUUCAUCAGCACAAAUUGUUUACCCAGCUAUCAUUUCUAUUGAAGCUAUAGGAAACAAUCAUCAAAAUCCAAUACUUUAUGAUAAUGCUGAGGGUACAGUAAAACAAUGGACUGAUAUGAUAUGGAUUUCAAAUAUUGAUAAAUUUGUUGCUGAAUGCAAAACAUGGUCAACUAUUGAACAUCCUACAGUUGGUGAGGCAUUACUGUCAGUUGUACGUUCGGAGGUUCCUUGUCCACCAACUAUUGAUCAAGCAAGAACUAUUAACAGUGGAUUGAUACAAAAUACUAACAAUAAACUAGUGAGGUUUCUUCAUCCUAAUGCUGACAAAUGUUACCAUCAACAAACAACAGUCAGGACCCAAGGAUCAAGUAAUGAAUGUUGUUAUGAUACCAGUGGUCAGUUAAUUAUUGGUCCCACAAGUGGUGGCUCUGUCGACAAAGCAUCUCCUAUUGGCAGUGAUUCAUCAAACUAUUUGAGCAGUUUAUUAAGUCACCAACAAGAAGAUAUUCUGCCUUAUAUUCAUUGCUGUAAAGGAUCAAUGACUAAUUGCAAUGAAUACUAUAAAAGACGACCAUCAGACAAUGGUACUGCAUAUGUCCCUCCAAUACCAGCUUGGACCAUUGGUGAUCCUCAUAUCAUAACUCUUGAUCAAUACAAAUACACAUUCAAUGGAAAAGGAGAGUUCAUUCUCAUUGAAACUGAUGAUGAAUCUUUCACAUUGCAAGGAAGGAUGAUGGAGACACAAAAUGGAACGGCUUCUGUCUUUACUGCUGUUGUAGCUAAGACAAAUGAUUCCAGUGGAGUUCAGUUUGAAAUAAAAGUAAAGUAUAGUAUAACCUCUUUUGUCUGUUUGGUAAAUGGAGAGGAAAUUGAUUUUAGUGAAAUAAAGAGUCAAGAAUUUGAUGAUGUUACUGUUUAUGAGACAAGCAAUAACACUUUUGGUGCUACAUUCACUAAUGGAGCCUAUUUACAAGCUCAGGAGCAGAAUGGAUUCAUCUCUCUAAUAACAGUUGGAUUACCUAAAAGCUUCUACAACAGGACACGUGGACUAAUGGGCAUAUUCAAUGGAGAUAUGGAUGAUGAUAUGACACCAAAAGGAGACACUGAGCCAUUACCACUAAACUCCACAUUACAAACUAUUCAUGAAAGCUUUGGCAUCACAUGGAUUAUCGGUGAUCCAAGUGACAGCCUUUUUAUUUAUGAUUUUCCAAAGAGGUGGUCAACAUAUUACGAUCCAUCAUUCACUCCUGUUUAUGAACCAGUGUUCACUGAUCCCAAUUUAGAAGAGAAAGCAAAUGAAAUUUGUGGUAAUGAUGAUUUCUGUAAGUUUGAUAUAGCAGCUACUGGAAGAACUGAGAUCGGAGAAGCAACACUCAAUGGAGGCAAAAUAUUUGAUGCAAUUGUAAAUCUAUCUCAGCCAAUUAUUUGUGAUCCACCUUGUGUCCAUGGUGCAUGUGUAAGCACUGAUGUGUGUGCUUGUGGAGAAGGUUAUGAAGGAAGCACUUGUGAUUCAAUAGUUACCACAGAAUGUGUACAGAAUCCAUGCAAUGGUGGUGGCUGUCAGUAUCAUGCAGGUAGCUACAUAUGUACGUGUCUGUCUGGAUUGACUGGAGACUUUUGUGAAGAAAAUAUUCCUACUGCAACAGUUGAUGCUACUGAUACUGCUAAUAUUGGUCUAGUUGUUGGAUUGACUGUUGGGAUAUUGAUUCCUCUUGUCAUUGUGACAAUCAUUGCUAUUAUUGUUGUGGUACUUGUGAUUGUUCGACGUAAAAGAAACAAAAAGGAAAGUGAGAAAAAAUAUACUGAUCAACAAGAAAUGAAAGAGGUGCCAGAAAAUGUGUACAAACAAUAGAUAACCUACUGCUUGAUACACAACUAAAAAUAUAACUUGCUGUCAUUAGUUAAUUUAGUUAGUUGCUGCAUUGAUACUCUUUUAUGCUGUUUUUUUAUUAGAUAGUUUCAUUUUGUAAAUUGUUUUGUAGCUAUCAGUUUUUAAAUAUAA